CUGAUCUUGGCUCCUACACGGGAGAUUGCUGUGCAGAUUCACGCUGUAAUCACAACUAUUGGAAUAAAAAUGGAAGGCCUGGAAUGCCACGUCUUCAUUGGAGGGACCCCUCUGAACCAGGACAAAGUCAGGCUGAAGAAGUGCCACAUAGCCGUUGGCUCCCCAGGUCGAAUAAAACAGCUCAUAGAGCUGGACUACUUAAAUACAGCCAGUAUCCGGCUUUUCAUUCUUGACGAAGCGGACAAGCUUCUAGAAGAAGGCAGCUUUCAGGAGCAAAUCAAUUGGAUUUAUUCUUCGCUACCGGCCAAUAAACAGAUGCUUGCUGUUUCAGCUACUUAUCCUGAAUCAUUAGCUAAUGCUUUGACCAGGUACAUGAGAGAGCCAACAUUUGUGAGGUUGAACCCUACUGAUCCAAGUCUCAUUGGGCUGAAGCAGUAUUACAAAAUUGUGAAUUCCCAUCCACUUCCGCAUAAAACGUUUGAGGAGAAAACCCAGCACCUACAGGAGCUGUUCAGCAAGAUUCCAUUUAAUCAAGCCUUGGUCUUCUCAAAUUUGCAUAGCAGGGCUCAACAUCUAGCUGAAAUACUGACAUCCAGAGGCUUUCCUGCUGCGUGCAUUUCAGGCAGCAUGAAUCAAAGCCAACGACUUGAUGCUAUGGCUAAACUGAAGCAAUUCCAUUGUAGAGUUCUGAUUUCUACAGACCUGACAUCUCGCGGAAUCGAUGCCGAGAAGGUGAAUCUGGUUAUCAACCUGGAUGUACCUGUAGACUGGGAAACGUACAUGCAUCGUAUUGGCAGAGCUGGGCGCUUUGGAACUUUAGGCUUAUCUGUCACCUACUGCUGCCGUGGAGAGGAGGAAAACAUGAUGAUGAAAAUUGCACAGAAAUGUAAUCUUCAGCUUCUUCCUCUACCAGAGCCUGUAUCUCCUGGAAUGAUGGAUCAAUUUGAAGAUGGGGAGGUAGAAAUCAAACCUGUUACACAUACAGGUGCUUCAGUGAAUUCUGACACUGUGUGUCUUAGACCAGAGGAGCCAGCACUGCAGCCUGUCCAGAACAGUUUUGCAGAGGUACCCCAGCCUCUUCCUCAUCUUCCAGGUGACAAUACUGCUGUAGAAAGGCCAAAGAAGGCUCUGAGGCAAAAGCAGAUAAAGAAGUGUGCGAAUUCUGCAACUACAGAAAAAGGCAGCAGAAAGAGCCAAACUUCCAGCUGCCACGCAGAAGAGAGGAAUCACAUCAAAACUGUCUCCAGAACGGAUGGACAACGUAACACUCGGUCUCCAGAUGAGGAGGCCUUAAAAAAAAAUCUUCCCAGAAUUCCAUGCUUGUCUUCUUUCAAAAACCACCAAAACAAUCCCUGGAACUUCUCAGAGUUUGUUGAAGACUAUGAGUAUUUCAUUAAAGAAGGGUUGGAGAGAGAGGUUGAAAUUUUAAGAAGCUAUUCGGGGCCAGGAGAACAACGUGAGCUCCCCAGAAAUGGUGGGGUGGAGUGGAAAGAGGUGGGACGUGAUACGGAGGUGGUAGCAAAUGGUGUGGUGUCUGGUGACAGUGAUGGUUCGUACAGUUCCGGGGCUUCCUCCAAUAGUCGGGGAAAUAACUCAUGCUUUGAAGCAUUUUCAGAUACACAGGAGCAGAACGCUGUUCCCACGGUGCGUCAGGGUCGUGCAGGCUUCUGUCCUACGCCAGAGGAGCCUCAGGAGCUACCCCAAGUCCCAGAGAAAAAUCAAGUGAAAAAGAAAGUUGUGAAACAAACCGCUAAACAAAAGAAAAGCCGUAACCAUCAAUUCCCUAGUCCUUCCACUAGAGAAAUGGAUGAUGACUGCUCCUGCAGCUCUUGGGAUGAUGGUGUUCCAUAUGAGGCUUGGAGUUACAAAAACUACUGGAAAUCUUAUUAUCAGGCAUGGCAGAACUACUAUGCUGCGGUGUCUUACUAUAGGAAAAGUUACAGACAGUUCAACUGGAUGAAUGCCUACCACGUCAACUCAGUCUAUUUUCAGGAACUGCUGAAAAGUGGUGAUUGAUGCAAUGAUCCUGCUGUUAGGGCCGGGCCGGUUAGUGCCAGGAAUGGACAUUCCCUGUGAGAACAUAACUGCUGGCCUACAGGUACAUGACAAACAUAAAGGGACGUUGUUUAAGAUGGAAGAAAACUGUUGUCUUUUUUUGUAAGCGAGCUGUGUCUAGGUAAACGUUUUACAUGCAUUCCAGUGACGGUGUUACCACAAGUUGUUAAUAAAAGGAAAUGAAAGACAGCUGGAUGUUCAGUUGCAAUCUUUACAAUCCAAAGUAAACAAAGAUAAAAGGCAGCCACUUACACAU